CACAAACAUCAAAACACAACACAUAAUCUACCUCCACCCCCCGUACAUAUCAACAUCUUGCACAUAGCCUGUCUACCAGUGGUCACGACAGAAUGAAACUCCCCCUCUGGCCCCUCGUGGCCCUCCCUCUCUCCGCCGCCCUCCACCACCCCCAAGUACCUCUCCAGGAUGCCACCAACGAUGUCGAUAUCGAUAUCGAUAUCGAACCCGAUCUGGAUAAUCUCGACCUCGACAGCCUAACCACCUCGCUAGCCUGUGCCCUGCACCACUCCACGACCGACACCUGGAGCAGCUACAUCGACGACCUCGACAGCACCGAAACCUCGACUCUACCCCAGUCCCUGUCCCAACUACCUCCGCCCUUCCGCCAUCCCUCUCCACCCCCAUUCCACCGCCAUCCGCCCUCCAACAAGAGUCUCUACGACCUCAUCCUCUCCGACCCCGACACCACCAUCCUCGCCAAAUUCAUCAGCCACGACCAAGACCUCACCGACCUCCUCAACACCACCUCAUCCAACCUAACCUUUUUCGCCCCAACCGACGACGCCAUCCGCCGAAUUCACCAUCACUACCUCCUUCAUCCGCACCAUCCUAACCUACCACACCAUCAACAGCACCUACUCCCCCGCCGACCUCUUCCACACCCACACCCUCCCCACAACCCUAACCUCCGCGCUUCUCACCCCCCAAACACCCCCUCCACCAACUCUCUCCCGCAACGCCUCACCAUCCACCCAACCUGGAAAGGCCUCACCCUGAACUUCUACGCCCACAUCACCUCCCUCGACCACCGCGCCUCAAACGGCAACCUCUACCACAUCGAUUCCGUCCUCCUUCCACCUCUCCCAUCCCUAACGCUCCUGAACCUCGUCCCUACGGAAUUCAGCACGUUUGUAUUAGCACUAUACAAAACGGGCUUGGAUGGGUGGUUGAAUCUUACCACCACCACCACUGCCACUCAUUUCUCUUCCUCUUCCGAUCCCCAAGAAAAAGGAGACGAAGAAGAAAAGGGCGGAUUAACACUAUUCAUACCAAAUAACGUGGCCUUCGAGCACACAUUCUCCAAGCUCACCUCAGCAUGGUUGUUCAAUUCACCCCGGGGGUUGAAAUAUCUCGCCGCGUUGGUCAAAUAUCAUAUUGUUCCGAGGGAGACGUUGUAUUCGGAUACGUUGUAUAGGAGGGAUGGGGAGGUGGUGGGGUUUGGGUUGAAGGGGUUGGUGAGGGUUACGUUGAAGAGUCUUUUGUCUGGGGAGCAUUGUGAUGAGGGUGGGGAUGGGGAGGGAGAUGGGAAUGGGGAUGUGAUUGUUGAUGUGGGUCGGUUCGGUCCGUAUGCUUCGCUUCGAGUGAAUGGGUUUCAGCGUGUCAAGGUGGCGGAUCUGGUGGCGGAGGAGGGGAAUGGGCAUGUUUUGGAUAGGGUGUUGGUUCCGCCGAGGAGGGUGGAGGGGAGGGUUGUGGAUGAGGGUAAGGAAGAGGAAAUGGAGGGGGAGAUUGGGAUGGAGGAGUUGAAGAGGAGGUUGGUGGGGUUUGUUGAUGAGGAGGAUGAGGAUGAGGAUGAAUUUGACUAUGACUAUAUGGGUGAGGGAUCGACUGAACUGUAA